AUGCCUGUUCCAGAAUCACGCGACGAUCGUCCGCAAGAUCAGAGAGACCGGUGGCCGAUGUUUACUUUCUCCAAGAACACUGACCCCCUGCCCCCCGGUGGCCAGCCCUUCAUCCCGCCAGAGUACUACCAGCUCCUGGACCCCAUCGAAACCACCGCGAACGUCCUCAACGACUGGCUGGUGUUGAACAUUACAAGCACAUUCCACACGGAGAACGAAGCAGAAGGGCAGCCCCUGAACGGCAUCACGUUUGCCGAAGACGAUGGGACGAUUCGCACGUGUCUCGGCGCCGACGACAUUUAUCCGUUGCUUGUAGAGGGGUACACUACGAAUGAACGACUUGUGUUUUCCUUUCGUGUUGCGACUACCUUGGUUCAUGAGAUAGCGCACGCUGUUACCUACGCCCACAGGAACUGGAUGCACUCGCCCGGGCCCUCCACCCUGCCGAUUAUAUCUGGCCAUCCUGCCGUGGAGAAUUCGAUUGCCUCCAUAGGAAAACUUCUUUUUGCCCAUCAAAGAACCCCGGAGCCUUUCUUCGAGCAAGAGCAGAGAUGCGAAGUGGGCUUCUCGUUAGAGAAUCACCUCUAUGGAGGCACCGCCUGGCCUUUGAUCGGCCGGAGUUCACAUGUCCACCCCAAACAUCUUUACUCUACGGCUUGCGGGCUCACUCUGUAUCGCUGGCCGCGGGCGUUGCACCAAGAUCCUCCCGGCGACGACGAAACACGCAAAGACCCCAGCGACGCGAUCCUCAAAACCCCGGUUCUCGUCUCGAACCAGUACGCGACGUUCAUAUCAGUGGCCCAGGUGCUGCGCUUCUUCACCGAAGAGUGGUGGACCACCGAGAUCCCGCGCUUUGGAUCUGCCGCGAUGCGCCUCAACACAGACAUGCCCACCAGGAUCCUUCCGCCUCCUGACCGGACGAUGCCAACCUUCGAAGAUGAAGAUCUUCUGCCGAAGCAGUGGGAUUUGUGGAACGAAUGGCCUGAUGACUUGCUCAAGACAAAUCCUUUGGUGUACGAGUUCCUGAUGUCACUGACCCAGGAGCAUCUGAACCUGGCAUGCGCGAAGGCCAAGUGGCAGGUGGACUACCUCAGCUGGAAAGAGAGACAGUGGUUGCUCCUCAACACGGGCGCGCAGGCUAACAUCAUUGUUAUCGAGGCUGUGAUCGGGGCGACUUACCGACGGAACCUCGUGAAUAUGACGCAUCAGGAGCUCCAGAAAUGGAAGGACGAGGCGCUGUUGGGGUACCAGAACUUGUUGGCCCGAUUCACAAAACGCAUGCAAGGUCGCAAGCUGAAAUUGCCGGCACCGUCGCUGAACCUCGCCAACGCAGACACAUUCUGGGACAACAUCGGCACCGUGGCGCAGGGGGCCGGCCGGAGACUCGCCGAGCUUCUACGGACGUAUUUCGGAGAGCUUCAGUACGAAAUCCACACAAUCACGGGUUUGUACCUGGACAUCUUCAACCUCGGCGACGAGGAUCGGAUCAGGUUCACGGUACAGCCGGUGAUCCGCACUCUGAAAGCUCGGGCCCAAACGUUGGCCGGCCUCCACGAGGAGAUCAUCACCCUGGUCAACCAGCCGCAAGCCACGCGAAUGUACCCGGGUAUCGCGGAGGAGUUCAGGCCCAUGUUCGAACGGGGAUUCGAGACGACCAAGUACUUGUUCGGGUGGUCUGGGGAGAUCACACGGAUCAAACUGGAGAACUGGGCGCUGCUCCUCCCGCUCAUUCCCAACAUCCAUAUUGCGCACCGUCCGUCUUCGGCGCGGUUGUUCACCUUUGCGCGGAGGGAGAUUGAGCUGUUGCCGGCGAAGGAGUUUGAGGCGGUGCAGAACUACGUGUGCACCAUUCAGAAUGCGACGAGUCACACCAAGCAGGCAAUCAACACCAUCAAUGCGGAUAGUCUGAAGCGGGACGUCGAUUACAUGCUGCGCGGGGCGGUGAGCAGGAUCAAGGACAUCUUUGGCGGUGUUCUGCACGAGGCCUCGGACGAGGCGCUGGACUCUAAGGUGCCUGACGUGGGCGAUAGGCCGAGCAAGAGGGUGAAGUACAACCCGCCUAGUCUGGAGAAACCGAUGCUUGUCAAGUCUUCGACGGCUGCAGCUGCGAGAAAGUCUGGCUUCACGAUACAUGACUCGAAGAAGGCGCAGUCCGGGAGGAGACGCGCCAGUGUGAUGCCGCAAAAUCAUCCCAGCACAAUCUUAAACAACCACCAGGCGCAAGGAAAGCCAGCAGUUUUCGGUGUUUCGACCAUCGACUCCCAUACCCCUAAGCUGCCCACUGCCGACAUGUUUGCCAUCAACACCGCAGGCUUCGCGCCCAUGGCCGGCAUCGAGCAUACCGGCUCCAGCACGCUCGCACCAUCGCACCCCGCGUCGGUCAACUUGUUCGCUGCGCCGUAUGCGCUGACGGGCACGCUGACUGGGGACUUGAUGCGCGAGGCGGAGAUGAUGGAGGAGCGCAGGCAUGUACUGUUUGCGAAUAACCACGCGGGAGGAUAUCGCGAUCCGAAGGGCAAUGGGCUGGAGUCGCCGGAGACGCCCAAGUUUGUGAGCAGGUUUCCGAAUCCGAAUGAUGGGACGCCCUGA